CCGAAUUUGACUUUCUUCGUCGGCACUACUUUCCGUUUUCGCUUUUCCCUGGCAAUUCUGCCUGUUAUUCUAAGCAGACGUAAUCGCCGUGCGUAUUUCUGUUUCUGUAAAUUUGUGCUAGUUGCGUUGGGUUGCACGAUCAGCGCGAGCAAGCGUGUGACGGCGUUGGUUUGUGUGGUUGCUGGCUGGUGUGGACUGUGGAGGCUGUCAGUUGUGUCGCGUUCCCGUGGAGCCCGAAGUGCAACUGCAUUUGCGCCAUGCUGAUUUACACAGACGCUGUGGCCGUGUGGAACGCCGUGGACGUGCAGCUGGACGACGGCCCGCUGCAGCACGGUUACGUCAUCGGCGUGGUGGAGCAGGGCCUGAUCGUGGAUCUGCAGUGCAGCCGUCAGCGCUCGCAGUUCGUGGAGUACGGGCGCGUUUUCCGCUACACGGAGUACGAGCGCGCGCCCGUGCAGCGCGGGACAGCGAAGGCGCAGGUGCUGCUGCGCCGGCAGUUGAAGGCGGACGCGCCGUGGGUGUGGUACGCGGGCCGCGUCGUCCCCCACGUGGGCCAGUAUGCCGACGGUGCGCUCCUCGUGCAAGUGCAGCUGCCGCACGGCACCGUCCAGGAACUCGUCCCGGCGUGGCAGGUGCGCGCGCCGCCCGCGGACGCCGAUCUCAGCCAGCGGCGCGUCAAGAAGGAUGAUUUUGUGGUGCGCUGCUGCCCGCUGCCGGCCGCCUACUGGUCCGCCGGGAUGCCGCAGCUGGAGAAGAUCUUCAAUGAGGAAAUGGACGAGUCGUGCAGAUUGUUCAUCGCUCGGCUCCACCAGACUGUGCUUUAUCUGCAGAAGGCCUAUUACAGAGACCAACUGGACGCUGAGCAACUGGAAAAGGUAUGCCAGAUGGCGACAGCGGAAGGCAGCAGCAUCGCAUCCCAUUCCCAGCUGGGACCAGCGCAGCCGGUGUUGGCGGUGACGGUCAGCAGCGGGAGCAAACGGCGCAAGGUGCUGGACAGUAGCGCCGGGUGUCUGGCGCUGCCGGCGGUCGUGCUGCUGGAGAUGUUCCGCGCGCUGGACUCCAUCGAGCGCGUCCGCUGUCGGCGGGUCUGCGGACUGUGGAACGACCUCCUCACCACGGAGGCCCACUUCCCGGAGGUGCGCGUGUCGGCGGAAGUCGAUGAUUACGGGGAUCAGGAGGCGUUCGAUGAGGACAGCAUGUACUGGGCGCUGGCCGGCAUCCUCAAGGCUCUCAGUCGUCGCACGAAGCUGCUGGUCAUCACGCGCCGGUUUCUGGGCAGCGUGGAGGCGCUCUUUCCCGCCAUCAAGCUGCAACUGAACGGCGGCCGUCUGCCGCUGCUGGUCUUCUACCAGUGCGAUUUCGGCAGCGACCGGCUGAGUUUCCUGGACGUUAUCGAGCUGGCGGCGGGCGUGGCCGUCCAGUGUCCGUGCGAGCGACUGCUGUGGAAGGACUGCUACAUGUACGAUGGAUUCCUGCAGGCUGACAUUGCGCAUCACGAGUUCAGCGUGCAGUCCCGAGACUCGCAACAGACCAUGGAGCUGCAGCUGUGGGGGCUCUUCGAGGCCAAUCUGGUCGUGGAGCAGCCGGUGGAUCUGCCGGCCUUGCAGGCCGUGAUCGCUGCCACCCAUCCUCCGGCCGGCACGGGCCAAUGCCAGCUGAGUAACCGCCGCGUCAACAUUCUCUCGCAGGGUUUGGACGCGGAGGACGGAUACCAGGCGGCGGAUCCGCGCCCGACCACGGCGCACUACCGCCACUGGAACUGGAGGUCCGACACCAUGGCCGAGGUGGACGUGCACCAACUGAACAAGCUGUCGGCCGCCUUUCUGGCCAAAGUGUACCGCGAACCGCAGUCCGAUGAGUGGAACGAGUAGUGACGCCAGCCAGAUGACGCUGUUGACCUUAGCUGGCACUGUUGCAAGAUAUAACGCAGCGUCGGCACCGGCGGAGUACAGAAUCGGUAUGAGCCUGUUGUGCCGCGGAAUUCCUCUUUACAGUCUGUAGUGUCUGUGUCGCAGAUAAGCGGCUGUUGUUUGUUGUCGAUUAGUUAAUAUUCUGGCGGAGUCGCUGUUCCCUGUGCAGAAAAUUGAUUCCAUUUCCGUCAAAUCUCCUUUGCCUCACGCUAAUUGUUUCUGUUUUACCGGCGUCAGACUCGUGUCGCAGCCUUACUUUGCCUUUUGUAAGAGGUUACAUG